AUAUCCUCGACCGACCAGAAUGCAGUGCGGUCUUAACACAGAAUCUGAUUGGCUGGUGAAAACUCGUUCGAGGAAGUGGUGCGUCGAAUUACAUUAGCCGACUGAAAAUCCUCUGCAUGACAGUCGGCACCUCAGACUCCAACAAGACAUUUCCAUUCAUUCCGUUGUCAUGGCUGACAGAAGAGUUGUGGUCUUCCCCUCCUCAGCAGAGCUUGGUCCGGCGCUGGCCCAUCUGGUGACAUCCCGGGCCGAGAAGGCCAUCGCCUCUCGGGGCAGGUUCACCCUGGGCCUCUCUGGAGGAAGCCUCGUGUCCAUGCUGGGCAAAGAGCUGCUCGCCCUGCCAGAGCUGGACUGCAGCAAGUGGCUGGCUGGCUUCUGUGACGAGCGACUGGUUCCUUUCGAUGAUCCUGAGAGCACCUACGGGCUGUACAAGAGUAAGUUGUUUUCCAAGGUGAACCUCCCUGACAGCGGGAUCCUAACCAUCGAUCCCUCUCUGCCUGUCAGCCAGUGCGCUGAGGAUUAUACCCGCAAGCUGAAGGAGGCCUUCCCGGAUGACGACUUCCCUGUGUUUGACUUGUUGCUGCUGGGUAUGGGGCCGGACGGACACACCUGUUCUCUCUUCCCAAGCCACCCGCUCUUGGAGGAAACCAAGAAGAUUGUGGCCCCCAUCAGCGACUCUCCCAAACCACCACCGCAGCGCGUAACUAUGACUUUCCCAGUGGUGAACGCUGCCCGCUGUGUGGCUUUUGUGUCAACUGGGGGAAGCAAAGCGCCAAUUUUGAAGGAAGUGCUGGAGGGGAGAGAGGGUCCGGCGUUCCCAGCAGCCCGCGUCGUCCCAGCCAAUGGCGAGCUGUUCUGGCUUGUUGAUGACCCUGCAGCUGCCUCCCUGACCAUCCAGGUAGAGAGGCUGGGCUCAGGGGCCAAACUCUAGAGCCUUUUCAACCCUGACGCAAUAACCUUGAAUGAAGAGGCGGGAAAACAGUGCCGAACAUUCCCAGUUUGACAUGAAAGUUAUACUAGUUUACACAGUCUAGGGGGUGGCAUAGGAUAUGGAGAUGAACAAAGUUGCUUUACGCCUGAGGGUGUGGGUGAGUUACUUUAAAGUCCUCCACAAUGUGUUUUGCUAAUUGAAGGUAUUGUAACUAGAUUUAUAGUUUUGAUGUGCGAUAAACACAAGGAUGAAGUGGAGGCUUGUAGUGCAAAUAAACUGAGAGUGAACUUGAGUGUGACACAACUUUUGGAAUUUAAGAUAACAUAUCUGAUGUGCUUUUAAUCACAUCAUUUAUAGGUAAUUAGAGUAUUUCUCAAUGUCUGAGGGGUUGGGAUGAUUUUUGUCUCUGUGAAUUUAAGAAACUGGAUAUUCAUUUUUGUGGGCUGACUUUUUGGCUUAAGGGUUAGAGCGGUCGUCCUCUCACCAAGAGGGUUACUGGCUUGAUCCCAGUCUCCCCCAUUCUGCAGGCUGAAUUGCAGAGGUUGUCCCUUGUCCUCAUAGAGAAAGUGCACAUAGAUGCAGUGUGUGAAUGUGGGUGAAUUUCAAAAACAUACUGUAAAGUUGUAUAUAAAUGAUAUAUAAAUGUGUGCAUUUGCCUUUUUAUACCAUUUAUUUUCGCAAAAACCAGUCCAUUAACCUGUCAAAGGGACUCUAUUGUGAAACUGUAAUGAAACAGUUUGUUCUUCUCAUCGGCUCAGAGUUGAAUUCACACCACUUAAAAAUAAAAUGUUAGAAAAAUCUCAUUUAAGACGUUGAUCCAUCUUAAAACCACUUGCAACUUGUAUUUUUAUUCGCAGUCAAAACCAAAUAAUAAAGUGUUUAUCGUU